GAAAAUAAUUAAAUAUGGCUAUUAGAAAAUCAAACAAGAUGCCACAAGCAGCAAUCUUGAAGCAAAUUCUAAAAAGAUGUUCAAGUUUGGGUAAGAAAAACAGCUAUAACGAUGAAGACCACCUUCCAAUUGACGUGCCCAAAGGUCAUUUUGCAGUUUACGUUGGAGAAAAUAGAACUCGAUACAUCGUACCUAUUUCUUUUUUGACUCAUCCCGAGUUUCAAUGCCUCCUUCGACAAUCCGAAGAAGAAUUUGGGUUCGAUCAUGACAUGGGAAUUACAAUUCCAUGCGAAGAAGUUGUGUUCCGGUCACUAACUUCAAUGCUCCGGUAAAAUUUUGGUGCACUAAAUUUUCGUUAUGUGCGAGUGAAUAUUAGGCGUGGAGUGAAACAAGGAUGGGCUAGCUCAAGAUGAAGCAAAUUUGGUGUUUUUUUUGCUUCUCUUUUUUCUAACAUCCACUAAAUUUUUCACUCUUUUUUUUGUAAUUUAUUUUCCGCUAACACUGACCUAGGAACUACAUGAUAUUAUUAUUAGUAGUGUUUUUUAUGGGUCAGAAUCAGAUUUGUAAGCAAAUCUUGUGAAGUUUUCCUUGCAGAGGUGUUUUUUAGCACCCUGUGAGAGAAGUGAAUUGAAUGUCUCUCAAUCUAAUUGAUUUGUCAUUU